UGCGCGUUUGUCCGCUCUUGUCGCCAGUGGUGGGCCGGAGUUUAUGGAGGAAAAACUCCACAAUUAGCCUCAAUUUUCCUAUGGGGGUUGCAAGGAGUUUGCCCCCUGUGGUAUUCACUAGGGGGCGGAAUGUGGGAAGCCUGGCUGGGGCAGGAACCUGGGAAAAAUGCGCAAUAAGUAGGCGGACGAGCCGACACUGGAAUAUUUCCAUUCCACUUAGGGCAUGGCCUGUUGUGGUGCAGUUCCAAGCUCGUCAUUUUCAUUGAAGCCUACUAAAGUAUACAGGCCGGGUCGUCGUCCGAAGGGGGUUUCUAGACAGAAAGUGCCAACGUAUUGUAGUGUGCCGUACGAUCGUUUUAAUCAGUUUGUGGUGACUAGUGGGACAAUUUCCUUCCGUAGCCUAAACAGGACGUUCUCAAUGCUAGACAUACAAGCCAACGCGAUUGCAGAACCGAACUACAUCGGCCACGCAAUGUCCAGGAAAAGAACCCGCAGCCAUUCGGAGGCCGAUUCCAUCAUUGCCACCCUUACCAUUCCGCAUCAUGUCCAGCCGAUUACAGCGUCGACCUGGCUAGAGGCGCCGUUCAGCGACGAACUGUUGGCGCAUCGCAAUCGGGAGCUGUGCGACUACACUCAGCGAAUCUCGUAUGAGAUGGCGCGUAGCGGACGAGCGCCGCGUCCGGUGCGCGUCUACGCAGACGGCAUCUACGAUCUAUUUCAUCAAGGACACGCCCGCCAACUUAUGCAGGCCAAGAACGUUUUCUCCAACGUCUACCUCAUCGUGGGAGUUUGCAGUGACCGAAUGACGCACAGCAAGAAGGGCCGCACCGUUAUGAACGAGGUGGAGCGCUAUGAGGCGGUGCGUCACUGUCGCUACGUGGACGAAAUCGUCCGCGACGCCCCCUGGGAGGUGGAUGAGGACUUCAUGGAGCGGCAUAAGAUCGACUUUAUUGCCCACGAUGACAUUCCUUAUGGUUCGGAUGACUCCAACGACAUCUAUGCCAAGUGGAAGGCCAAGGGCAUGUUUGUGGCCACUGAGCGCACGGAGGGCGUGUCCACGUCUGAUAUAGUAGCGCGGAUUGUGCGCGACUACGACAUCUACGUGCGCAGAAACCUGGCGCGCGGAUACUCAGCCAAAGACCUCAACAUCUCCUAUCUGAGCGAGAAGAAGAUCCGGCUGCAGAACAAGAUGCACGAGCUCAAAGACAGGGGCAAGCGCGUGAUGGACUCAAUCGGCGAGCGUAAAGACGACAUGAUCGCCAAGUGGGAGGAAAAAUCGAGGGAGUUUAUCGAGAACUUCCUGCUGCUGUUCGGGAAAGAGCGGUUGACCAACAUCUGGCAUGAAAGCAAGGGGAAGAUUCUCAACGCGCUCAGCACGUCCGAAUCGCCCGAUCCUCCUGGAAGUCCCACUUCCAGUGAAGACUUUGACUUUUUGGAGGAUGGCGUCCCUCCCAGGAAGGCGCCUCGUUACGAAUCUCGGUCGGCGCCGCCUGCGUGCAGCUCCUCCAACUACAGCCAGCUCCUUUACGACGACUACAGCGAUGAGGAAGACAGUUUUGCAUCUGCGCAAAGCUAGACCCUGGCUGUACACUUGGGUGCGAAUUCGUGACGGAUCAGAGCAGGAGAGGACGCACGACCUCCUCACUUGCUCUGCACUCGGCACGGUUUAAUUUCUACUUCUUGUGCAAUGAGCGAACGAGUGACUGUUGCUUGAAUGGGCGAAACGCUGCCGCUUGGCCGUACUUUAUUUAUUAAACUAAAUUAUUUUAGUCUAUUAUUUAUGUUUGUGUUAGAGCGAAUGAGUGAAUAAAUUAGAGGAGCCAGCAGGUUUUUCAAAAUUCUCCUAUCAUCAUUGCUUGUAUGAAUCGGCUCCUAUACAGGGUUGGACAUUUUGCUUCAUUUAAUGAGUCACCUAAUCGUUUAAGUAAUUUAUUGAAUUGUUACUAUUACUACUAUACACAAAUGUUAGUGAUAUUAGUCGUUUCUAAGAGUUCGCCUGUCUGCCUGCUUGUUGCACAACAGUUUAGCCUCUAAGUUUGUUACCGCUUGCACCUAGGGCUCCGUUAUUUCCAUCCUUGCGCGCCAUGCAAACGCUUUCUGUCUCCGAUUCGACAUUCCAAUGCGAACAUGUGAUAGUUUCGAAGGCGAUAGGGGAGCCGAUGGGGAGGGGCAUUAGUUCGUUUUUGUAUUGCAUUCGAAUAGGGGAAGAUUUGGGUUACGAGGGGCGGCUGGACGGCCUUUCGACCAAAAAUUAGUAAGCAGUAGUGGCCUGUGAUCGAUUCUCUCUUGGAAAAUCGGCUAUUUUUGUAGACCAUUUUUUAUAGUAUUAUGUUGUUUGCAUGUAAUAUGAUAAUAGACCAAUAAAACAUUCACAUAAAUCAUC